UUACAUGUGCUUUAUGUAGGAGAAUUGAUGAUCUAAGCUUGGAAAUUUCAAUUUCAGAUCAAAGACCUCUUUGGCCCUGAUCCCUUUGCUUUACUAAAGAUGGCAGGCGUUGAUAAUGAAGUUCUUAUUAUUGAGAAUAAUGAUGAGGCUUCUGUUUGGACUCAAAAGCAUGAAGAAAUUUUCAUUGAACUUAUGGAAGAAGAAGUCUUAAAGGGAAAUAAGAAUACCAUAACCUUUACCAAGCAAUCAUGGAAAUAUAUAAAGGAGGAGCUUUGUGGACGAGCAAAAAGAAAUUAUAGUGAUAUGCAACUAAGGAACAAAUACAAUCAAUUAAAGCAAAAGCAUAAGGAUUUUAAGUCUUUACUGAAAGAGACUAGUAUGGGAUACAAUGCAGUGACUGGAGAAGUUAGUGUGACAGAUGAAGUUUGGGAUAAACUUAUUCGGGUUAACAAGUCUGCUAAAAGAUUUAGAAAGAAAGGUUGUAAGUUUUAUGAGAAAUUAUGCACUAUCUUUGGUGAUACUACUGCAACUGGUUCCAAUGCUCAUCCUUCAACUCGAAGUCCUUCUAAUGAUGAUGAUGCAAUGUUGAUAAGUGUUUUGAUGAAGAUGGUAACAAAAGAAGAGCGAAAGACAGAAUUGAUAGAGAGAUCAAUGGCAACAUCUGCAUCACAUUACUUAUUGGAUGAGAGUGUUGAAGCUCUUAAUCAAAUUGAUGGAAUUAGUGGAGAAGUAUACACAAAAGCUAUUGAGAAGUUUGAGAACGAGGUGUCCAGAGCAUUAUUUCUAAAGAUGCCAGAGCAUAGAAGAAUAGAUUGGUUGCUGAAUUUGAAGUGA